UUUUUGUAAGUCUUAAAUUAUGUCAUAUACAUAGAUCGAUCAUUAUGUGAAAUGUCUUAAUUUAUGUACAAAUGAUAUAUAGAAACUCUGUAGAAUUAUAGAAAUAUAUUUAAAAUGUUGAAGAUACACUUGUACAUUAAUAUGCUGCGCAGCUAACAAUUUCCCCUCAAGUGGUCUUGAAGGGCAUUUAUGGUACAUUAGUCUGACCAGGGGCAGAUAACUCGAAUAAUGUUUACACUUGGAGAUUUAGGAUGAUUUUAAAACUAGCAGCUUUUGAUUGUAAGACGAUGUCCUCCAGACUGAGCAGUCUUCUGACCUACUCUAACUUUGUGCAUGCUGUGUCAGGAGCCACGGGCAGUGUGAUUGCAAUGACUGUGUUUUAUCCUCUGGAAACUGUUAGAACAAGAUUACAGGUUCAUGUAGGCAGGCAAGCUAAACACACACCAAUGGAAGCUUUAGACAUUAUAAAAGAUGAAGGGGUAUUGUCCCUAUACCAGGGCCUUUUUCCUGUACUGGUCACACUGUGUUGUUCUAACUUUGUGUACUUCUAUACCUACAAUGGUCUGAAAACAAUACUCCAGGAGGAAGGGAGCAAGCCAGGGCCAUUGAAGGAUCUACUGAUGGCUUUUGUCUCUGGGGUCAUCAAUGUUCUGAUCACAAACCCUCUGUGGGUUGUCAACACUAGGAUCAAACUACAGGGACUUAAAUGUGGCACUGAAACACAGAAAACAACACCCCCUCCCACCUACAGGGGGAUCUUAGAUGGUCUACGUAAAAUAAUUUCACAGGAAGGUGUACGUGCCCUAUGGAAUGGAACCUCAGCUUCCGUAAUUUUAGCUUCCAAUCCCUCCAUUCAAUUUAUGGUCUACGAGACUGUCAAAAGAUACUUCCAACAAUUUUUCAAAUCAAAAGAUCUUAGUGGAUUUUUAUACUUCACCAUUGGAGCAAUAUCAAAAACAGUUGCAACCAUAGUAACCUACCCUUUGCAAAUCUUGCAGUCUCGAUUAAGAGCUAGUACCAAAAAAUCAGAAAAUUCCAAAAAGGUUGCUCAAAGUUUACUUGAUAUAAUCAGAUCUGAGGGUUUUCUUGGAUUAUACAGAGGAAUGGAGGCUAAGCUGGUACAGACAGUGCUGACGGCAGCUCUCAUGUUUAUGUGUUAUGAAAAAAUAGCUUCUUUAAUCUUUAAAACGAUGGGACUUAAAACGUAAACAAAUCAAAGAUUUUGUAAAACAAUUAUACUGUCAUUUGUACACCGGUUCAUUGUAAUAAUAUAAUUAUAUGUAGCUGUGCAUUUAUCAUGACAAAUGCAAUAUUUUAUAUUUUUUAACGUUACUUAUUUUUUCAUGUUUAUUGAAUAAAUGUAAUUUUAACAAA